CACUCUCAGCUUCUUCAUCAAACCAUUCCUUUCUUUUUCAUCAUUUCUUCUGAAAUGGAACUUCCUUGCUUCUGAAUGGAGUUUUCAGAUUGCUUGUGGUCAGUGAUUACCUUAUAUUUUUUGCAGCAGUGGACGAAGAAGCAAAAGGAUUAUGAAGCAGCAGCUAGUGGUGGAAGUAAUAGAUGCUCAUGAUCUUAUGCCCAAAGAUGGUGAAGGAUCUGCAACUCCAUUUGUUGAAGUCGAUUUUCAAAACCAUAUAAGCCGAACAAAAUCCGUUCCAAAGAACCUCGACCCCGUUUGGAAUCAGAAACUCUCAUUAGAUUUCGACGAAUCCCAAAGCCACCAUUUCCAAGCCAUUGACAUCUCUGUUUACCAUGAAAAGAGACUGACUGAAGGCAGAAGCUUUCUUGGAAGGGUCAGAAUUCCUUGCUCAGACAUUGCCAAGGAAGGUGAGGAAACUUAUCAGAGAUAUCAGUUAGAAACUAAGGGGUUUUUCUCGUCUGUCAAAGGUGAAAUUGGCUUGAAAAUCUACAUUUCACCACCAAAAAACUCUCCUAUAAAUCCUAAAAGAUCCCCACUUGAUCCUGCUUGUGAUAUUCAAGUAAAACCAAAGAACAAUGUUUUAACAAUCUCAGCAUCUAAACAUUCUAGCUCAAGUUUUUCUGUAGCUGAGUUUCCUAUCAGAGGUCCAGCUAAAGAGCCAGAGAUUGAAGAACCAAUCGAGACACGAGGCGAGACGACACAGCUACAUAAGCAGCAAACAAUGCAGCGACCUCGAAUAUUAGUACAGAAGCGACCACAAGGCGCUUCAUCUUCGAUGAACAAAAGCAUUCCAUCUACAAUGAACACAAGCAAUUCACAAGCUAAUAUCAGCAACCAAGAUAAUGAUGAGAUCAGGGACACUAAUCCUCAGCUUGGAGAGCAGUGGCCGGGUGGCAGAUCGUACAGUGGAAGAGGUUGGCUGAGAAGUGAGCGACACACUAGCACUUACGACCUUGUCGAGCAAAUGUUCUAUCUCUACGUUCGAGUUAUGAAAGCAAGGGAUCUUCCUCCAAGUUCCAUCACUGGAAGCUGUGAUCCAUAUGUGGAAGUAAAGCUUGGGAACUAUAAAGGGAGAACAAAGCAUUUUGACAGGAAACAAAAUCCAGAAUGGAAUCAAGUCUUUGCAUUCUCAAAAGAACGCAUACAAUCCUCUAUACUAGAAGUUUUUGUCAAGGACAAAGAAAUGCUAGGAAGAGACGAGUACCUCGGUCGUGUAGUGUUCGACUUGAACGAGGUUCCAACUCGGGUUCCCCCAGAUAGCCCAUUGGCACCUCAAUGGUACCGGUUGGAAGACCGGCGAGGAACGAGCCGGGUAAGAGGGGAAAUCAUGGUUGCAGUUUGGAUGGGAACACAAGCUGAUGAAGCCUUCCCAGAGGCAUGGCAUUCUGAUGCAGCCUCAGUGUUUGGGGAAGGUGUUCAUAAUGUAAGAUCAAAGGUUUAUGUCUCUCCAAAACUAUGGUAUCUGAGGCUAACAGUGAUUGAAGCUCAAGAUGUAAUCCCCACCGACAGAAACCAUGUUCCUGAUGUUUUUGUCAAAGCUCAAGUAGGAAACCAGAUACUCAGAACAAAGAACAGUUCAACAAGCACAGCUAAUCCCUAUUGGAAUGAAGAUUUGGUGUUUGUAGUAGCUGAGCCAUUUGAAGAACAGUUGCUAAUCACCAUUGAGGACAGAGUGCACCCUUCAAAAGAAGAUGUCUUGGGGCAGAUCAAUCUGGCUCUCGACGCGUUCGACAAGCGGCUUGAUCAUAGGCCAGUUCAUUCGCGUUGGUUUAACCUCGAGAAGUACGGUUUUGGAGUUCUAGAAGCUGAUAGGCGAAAGGAACACAAAUUUUCAAGCAGGGUUCACUUGAGAGCUUCUCUUGAAGGUGGAUAUCAUGUACUAGAUGAAUCGACUUUAUACAUCAGUGAUCAACGACCAACUGCUAAGCAGCUAUGGAAACAACCAGUGGGAAUAUUGGAGGUCGGAAUUUUAAGUGCUCAAGGAUUACUUCCAAUGAAGCUGAAGGAUGGGAGAGGAAACACAGAUGCUUAUUGUAUUGCUAAGUACGGUCAAAAAUGGGUUCGAACCCGAACGAUUCUCGACACGUGCAAUCCCAAAUGGAAUGAGCAAUACACAUGGGAAGUCUAUGAUCCAUGUACUGUAAUUACCUUGGGAGUUUUUGACAAUUGCCAUUUGGGGGGUGGUGGUGACAAACAUAAUGGAAGCAACGGAGGAAGAGAUUCGAGGAUCGGAAAGGUUCGAAUUCGAAUAUCGACACUUGAAGCUCAUAAACUCUACACACAUUCCUAUCCACUUCUGAUUCUGCACCCCAAUGGAGUGAAGAAGAUGGGAGAGCUCCAACUUUCGGUUCGCUUCACCGCCCUAUCUUUGGCAAACAUGAUACAUGUCUAUGGAAGUCCAUUGCUCCCUAAGAUGCAUUACCUUCAACCUUUCACAGUGAACCAAAUAGAAAACUUAAGGUACCAAGCUAUGAACAUAGUAGCGACAAGGCUCGGUCGAGCUGAACCGCCUCUACGAAAAGAAGUUGUUGAAUACAUGUUAGAUGUAGAUUCACAUGUUUGGAGCAUGAGACGAAGCAAAGCCAACUUCUUUCGAAUCAUGUCAUUACUUGCGGGAAUGAUAUCAAUAAGUCGAUGGUUUCGUGAAGUUUGUAACUGGAGGAACCCUGUCACAUCGGUGCUCGUGCACAUUUUGUUCCUUAUAUUGAUUUCGUACCCCGAACUAAUACUUCCUACUGUUUUUCUAUACAUGUUCCUCAUUGGCUUAUGGAACUACAGGCUUAGGCCAAGGCACCCACCUCACAUGGACACCAAGCUCUCUUGGGCUGAAGCAGUGAGUUCUGAUGAGCUCGACGAAGAAUUUGACACGUUUCCGACUUCCAAGGCAAACAACUUGGUACGAUUGAGAUAUGAUAGGCUGAGAAGUGUUGCAGGGAGGGUUCAAACAGUUGUGGGAGACAUAGCAACACAGGGAGAAAGAGUAGAAUCUCUACUUAGCUGGAGGGAUCCAAGAGCCACCAGCCUUUUCGUAGUGUUUUGUCUCUGUGUUGCUGUUGUGCUAUAUGCUACACCUUUCAGAGUGGUGGCUUUGGUUACAGGGUUGUAUUAUUUAAGGCAUCCAAGAUUUCGCAGCAAACUACCCUCGGUACCUAGCAAUUUCUUCAAGAGAUUGCCCCCUCAAACAGAUAGCUUGCUAUGAGUUACGACGGUCAUGGUUUGGUCAUGGUUUGGCCAUGCCCAUAAUUUGCAAUAAAAUUAUGGAUUAAGCUUGUUUUGCUAAAUGUAUAAUUUAAUUCAACUACCGAGUAUUUUUCCAA